UUGCUCUGAUUCUUGAGCUGAAGUACUUCACUUGGGGGGGCCUCUGGAUGGUGAGGUUUUCCAUAUGCCUAGUUGCUGCUGGACAGCUUGCCAAAUUCAGCUUCGUGCUAGAAGAGGAGAAUCACAACCUGUUCUUCUGGGUCUUUGUGGCCUAUGUGGCAGCACAAGUCGCUUUGGCAGCAUACUCCCUGUUGCACUUCCCAAUGAAGAGAGCACUGGACCUGAAUAUGGAUGAUAUGGAGGGCUAUCCAACUGGAUAUGAGGCUCUUGUUGGAGCCGACGAGGUGGCAUCGGUGUCAAUUGGCAAUGUUUGUCCAGAAUACAAGGCCAGUUUCUUUUCAAUACUCACUUUCAGCUGGAUGGGAUCUCUUGCUCGAACGGGAUACAAGGCACCACUGACCUUGGAUGAUAUGUGGUCGUUGCCGCCAUAUGACUUAGUAGAUGGCAACCAUGCAAAAUUCAAGACAGCUUGGUCGAAGGAAACUCGGAAAAGGGAGCCAUCACUCACCAGAGCCCUGUUUCACACUGUGGGAUAUUUAAUUCUGGCGGCCAUCCCUUUGAAGCUUAUCACAGAUUUGGCUCAAUUUAUACCCCCAAAGCUCAUAAAACUGAUGCUACAUCUGGACUUCAGCCAACCCGGAGCCACCACAAAGGGUUACAUUUAUUCAGGCGUUGCGUUUGUGGGCCUCAUGAUUGGGACCUUGUCUGACAAUCAACAGUUUCAAAGGGUCAUGAGGGCAGGCUUCAGGAUGCGAGCCGUCCUGAUCGCAGAACUGCACCGCAAGAUCCUCUUCCUGACCCCCUCUGACCGUGCCAAGUUCAGCUCCGGGCGCAUAUUCAACUUUGUGGCCUCUGACACGGAGGCAUUACAGAAUGUGUGCCAGAACUUGCUGGGCCUCAUGUCGUCCCCAGUGCGGAUUACCAUAGCAAUGACGAUGCUGUACGUGAAGCUGGGCCCUGCCUCAUUGGUGGCCCUUGUCGCCCUCAUACUGAUGAUUCCCGCUCAGGCUGUGGUUGUCAAAUGGUCGGCUACAUUCAAGAAACGUGCCCUGAGCCUGUCGGAUGAAAGAGCUAAACUGGAAGGGGAGCUGAUAUCAGGUAUUGAAGUGGUGAAGACAAGCACUUGGGAAAUGCCAUUCCGGGAGCACAUCAUGGACGUUCGAGGAAAGGAGCUGGCAGUGCUGUGGAAGUCAUUUGUCCUGAGUGCCUGCAACACCUUCCUGCUGACGUCCAUCCCAGCAAUCGUGGCAGUGACGACGUUUGGAGUGUACAUCGCCCUUGGCAACAAUUUGGAUGCUUCCAAGGCUUUCACAUCUCUGGUUCUGUUCAACAUAUUGAGGUUCCCGCUGUUCCAGCUCCCCAGUCUUGUGAACCAACUCACCAGUGCUGGUGUAUCAAUCAAGCGCAUGCAAGAGUUUCUCUCAAGCCAGGAGCAGCCGCAAAUGGAGGCCAUCCCAGCAGCCCCUGCGGGUGAGAGGGCCAUAUGCAUGCAUGGUGACUUUUCAUGGAACACGUCUGCCCCUCCAUGCCUCACUGACAUCAACUUGGACAUUCCGUCUGGGAAUUUGGUUGCCGUUGUCGGAUCCACCGGAGCAGGGAAGUCGAGUCUACUUACCAGUAUGCUGGGCCUCACGCACCAGUUGUCAGGAGAGCCCUUGAUGAUGGCCGGAUCAAUUGCCUUUGUUCCCCAAGUCCCUUUCAUCGUGAACGCGACUGUCCGUGAGAAUAUCCUCUUUGGUUGCGAGUUCAACGAAGAGAAAUAUGCAGAAGCUGUGGAAGCAGCAAAUUUGCUGCCGGACUUCCAAGCAAUGCCAGGGGGGGACCAAACCGAAUUAGGCGAACGAGGCAUCAAUGUCUCUGGUGGUCAGAAGCAGCGAAUAGCGAUUGCCCGUGCUGCCUACUCUGGCGCCGACACCUACUUGAUGGACGACCCUCUGUCAGCCUUGGAUGCUAAAGUUGGGCGUGCAGUCUUCAACAAGUGCAUCGUUGGCCUCCACAAGGGCAAGACAAGAGUGCUGGUGACCAACCAGCUCCAGUACGUCAGCUCUGCAGACAUGGUGGUCUUCAUGAGCGAUGGGAAGGUGGCAGAAGUGGGGCCAUACAGUGAGCUGAUGGCCGCAGGGAAGGGGUUCGCACGUAUGAUGGCUGAAGCACAGGUGGAGGAGGGAGCUGAUGUCUCAGAUGCAGGCAAAGACCAGCCCCAAAAGCCUGCAGCGCAUCAGCUGCCCAGCAGCUCUGCUCAGCCAACAUCUUCUGAGGCACCCAUACAGGCACCAGCAGCAGAGUCCAAGGGGCGAAAGCUCAUUGAUGUUGAAAAGAGAUCGACUGGUAUCGUGUCACGCAUGGUGUUGUGGGCAUACAUGAAGGCAAUGGGCGGACUGACACCCUUUUUAAUGCUCAUGUGUCUGUUUCUUUCUGUGGAGAUUUUCCGAACACUGGCAAGUUUGUGGCUGGAACACUGGACAGGGCAAGGAAACAACAGGGACAAGGAGCUCAAUAUGGGUGUAUAUGCUGCCAUCUCCCUGCUGCAAAUCGGAGCUGCGCUUGUCAACCAGUUGGACUUGAAGCAUCUGAGCAUCAUCGCGGCCAACACUCUGCAUCGGUCCAUGUUGGACAGUCUCAUGCGAGCUCCCAUGGCUUUCUUUCACACCACGCCUGUUGGCAGGAUAAUCAACAGAUUGACCCGUGACACAUCUGACAUAGACAAUAGUGUGGCAGAUUUCAUGUCCAUGUUCUUGAGGGGCUUCCUGCAGCUCAUAGCAACAGUCAUACUGAUCGGAUGCACUGUGCCCCUCACACUGCCAUUCCUAGUUCUGAUCAUGCUGUUGUUCUAUUGGCUGUAUCUGUACUUUCAGUCGACCGUUCGUGAAAUCAAGCGUCUCAAUGCGAUCAAUCGCUCCCCGGUGUAUGGAUCAAUCAACGAAGCCCUGAAUGGCCUGGCAACAAUUCGUGCAUUUGGGGCAGAAAGGAGGCUGAUCAACCAGAAUGGAGAGUUCAUCAAUGACAUGAUCGUGUUGAGUCUUGCGAACCAAUCUAUGAACAGGUGGCUCAGCAUUCGCCUGGAGACCCUUGGAGCACUUGCGGCUUUGGCAGCAGCAGUGAUGACGGUGGAGCAAAAGUCAAGCUCCUCACUUGCUGGUCUCACACUUUCAUAUGCAUUUUCGAUCACAUCUUUGACGACGUUGACCAUCCGCCUGGCAAGCCUUGCAGAAAACGGGUUCAAUGCUGUGGAGCGAGUUGCAGAAUACACAGAAACUGAUCAGGAGGCCGAUUAUGACACACCCGAUUCGGUUCCAGAUGAUUGGCCAGACAGGGGUGGUUUGGAAUUUGGCAAUGUUGAAAUGAGGUACCGCCCAGGUCUACCGCUGGUAUUGAAAGGCCUGACUGCCACAAUAGAGCCAGGUCAGAAAAUUGGCGUGGUUGGCCGGACCGGUGCAGGAAAGUCCUCCCUCAUCAACGCGCUCUUCCGCCUUGUUGAGCUAUCCAAUGGCACCAUUUCCAUUGACGGAAUUGAUGUGUCGAAGAUUGGCCUCAGGCAGUUGAGGAGCCGGAUGGCCAUAAUACCACAAGUCCCCUUCCUGUUCACUGGCACCAUAAGGUCCAACCUGGAUCCCUUCAACGAAUACAGUGACCAGGAAGUUUGGACGGCCCUGGACCGUGCCCACCUGGAUGGUGUAGUGAGGACGAACACUAAAGGACUGGAGAUGGAACUACAGGAAGGGGGAGUGCCGCUGAGCGCUGGACAGAAGCAGCUAGUGGCAUUAGCAAGAGCCCUUCUCAAGCACUCUCAGGUCCUGAUUCUCGACGAGGCCACAGCAAAUGUUGAUGUUGAAACGGACGCGCUCAUCCAAAGGACCAUUCGUGAAGAAUUCGCUGGCUGUACUGUCAUCGCUGUGGCACACAGGCUGCACACCAUCAUUGACGGUGAUAGAGUGCUUGUGCUCGAUGCGGGGCAAGUGGCAGAGUUUGAUUCACCAAAGGAACUCCUGAGCCGACCUGAUGGCAUCCUCACAAGUAUGGUCCAUGAGACCGGAGAGGCCACAGAGCGACUUUUGCGCUCUAUUGCGAUCGGCGAGGUCAAAGUUGUGGACAUCUCUGCAGAACAGGCUGCCAAAGCUCUCUGUUGUGUCAGCUCGGAGAAACUUGAGACGCCACAGACGUUGUUAUUGGACCUGGCCACCUAUGCCCACGCGGCCAUGGAACAGCUCAAGCGUGUGCAUUCGAAACUCAGUGAACAACAGCAAGAACAGGAGCAGCAGAGGGAAGUCGGAGUCAUGGACUUGGGACAUCAAACAGCAACAGAGGACAUGGUGAGCACUAUGAAGCAGGUUGUCUGCCUGGCGUCAGAGUUCGUGCAGCUGGCAGAGCAGACCAAGCACAUGUUCGACCAGCAGGAAGCGGUCACCCGGCUGUCAGAGCUGGAGGCCUCUGAAGAUCAGGUUCCUGAGCCGUGCUCAGAGUCGGCGAAGAGGUGGGGUGAAAUCCGAGGAGUGACUCGGCUGGCGUGCCUGAAGGGGAACCCAAGCCUGGGGUACACUGCCCUGCCGCCAGGAGAAGAUGACCAUUCAUCUUCGCCUGCUCUGGGUUAG